CAGGGAGGUGACACGGAGGAAGGCUGGAGCACACUGCCGGCUCCCCCACCACCGAGUCCUUUGCACCCCCUUGUCCUUCACAAGGCACGUGAGGCACUCCGUAUCCUUGCUCCCUUCUCCUUCCCCACCCGUUCUGUCCCCACCACCAGCCAAGCCUUGCCUCGCCGGCUCUCCGGGCCGGUGGCGGCAGACAUGCCGUGCCUGCUCCAGGGCUCGAAGCCGCGGCCGGCUGCGCAUCCCGGGGCCGCCCGCGGCACGCACAGCUCGGGAAAGGGCUACGAGCAGCUGAGGCAGGAGUGCCUGCGCACGGGCGUCCUCUUUGAGGACCCCGACUUCCCCGCCUGCAAUUCGUCUCUCUUCUUCAGUGAGAACCCACCCAUUCCCUUCGUCUGGAAGCGGCCUGGGGACAUUGUCAAGGACCCCAAGUUUAUCCUUGGAGGAGCCACCAGAACUGACAUUUGUCAAGGGGAUCUUGGUGACUGCUGGCUUUUAGCAGCCAUAGCUUCUCUCACACUGAAUGAAAAAACACUAGCACGAGUGGUGCCACUGGAUCAAAAUUUUGGGCCAGAUUAUGCUGGAAUAUUUCACUUCCAGUUUUGGCAGCACAACGAGUGGCUGGAUGUCGUGAUUGAUGACCGAUUGCCCACCUUCAAGGGCCGGCUGGUUUUCCUGCACUCAGCUGAACUGAAUGAAUUUUGGAGUGCCUUACUAGAGAAAGCCUAUGCCAAGUUGAAUGGCAGCUACGAGUCUCUGAAGGGUGGCAGUACAAUAGAGGCCAUGGAAGAUUUCACUGGGGGUAUAGGAGAAACGUAUGAUGUUAAGGAGGCUCCUGACAAUUUCUAUGAAAUCCUAGGAAAAGCCCUGAAAAGAUGCUCAAUGGUGGGCUGUUCUAUUGAUACCAGCAGUGCUGCCGAGUCAGAAGCCCGAACCCCGUUUGGCCUCGUGAAAGGCCAUGCGUACUCUGUGACUGGCAUUGAGGAGGUGAGCUAUAGGGGCCAGCAAGUGCAGCUCAUAAGGAUAAGGAACCCAUGGGGACAGGUGGAGUGGAACGGCCCUUGGAGUGACAACUCUGCAGAGUGGCGCUCAGUCAGCCCAUCGGAGCAGAGACGCCUGUCUCAGGCAGCACGGGAUGAUGGAGAGUUCUGGAUGAAGUUUGAAGACUUCAAAGUGCAUUUUGACAAAGUUGAGAUUUGCAACCUGACUCCAGAUGCCCUGGAAGACAGCACAGCCCACAAAUGGGAAGUGGCCGUCCACCAAGGAAGCUGGGUCCGGGGAGCUACCGCAGGAGGAUGUAGAAAUUUCCUAGAGACUUUCUGGACAAAUCCACAAAUCAAGCUGCAUUUGACAGAGCAGGACGAUGGACAAGAUGGCUGCACAUUCAUAGCAGCCCUGAUGCAAAAGGGUCGCCGUAAACUCAAGAAGCUUGGAGCUGAAAUGCUGACCAUUGGCUACUCUAUUUAUGAGAGCCCUGGCAGAGAUGGACACUUGGGCAAAGACUUCUUCAGGUACCACCCCUCCAAGGCCAGGAGCAAAACCUACAUAAAUCUAAGGGAAGUAUCCCACCGAUUCAAACUGCCACCAGGUGAUUACAUUCUUAUUCCAACCACCUUUGAGCCACACCAGGAGGCAGAUUUCUGCCUGAGGAUCUUCUCUGAGAAGAAGGCCAUCACUGAGGAUCUAGACGAAAACGUUGCCAUUGAUCUUCCCGAGCCUCUACAUCCAACCCCAAGCCCACAAGAAACUGAAGAAGAAAAGCAAUUCCGGGCACUGUUUGAGCAGAUUGCAGGAGAGGACAUGAAGAUAUCUGCAGAAGAGCUUGAAUAUGUUCUGAAUGCUGUAUUAAAAAAAACAAAGAAUAUAAAAUUCAAGAACUUAAGUCUCAUUUCAUGCCGAAAUAUCAUUUCUCUUAUGGGUACCAAUGGCUAUGGGAAGCUGGAAUUCAGUGAGUUCAAAGUUUUCUGGGAAAAACUGAAGAAAUGGAUAAAUAUCUUUCUUCAAUUUGACUUUGAUAAAUCUGGCUCCAUGUCCUCUUAUGAGCUUCGUGGUGCUCUUAAAGCUGCAGGAUACCAGCUCAACAAUUACCUGCUGCAACUGAUUGUCCUCCGAUACUCUGAUGAGCAGUUCCAGAUUGAAUUUGAUGAUUUUCUGAACUGCCUAAUACGCCUGGAGAAUGCGAGUCGAGUAUUCCAAGCACUGAGUGUGAAAAACAAGGAGUUCAUUAACCUGAAUAUAGGCGAGUUUAUCAGUCUGGGAAUGAACAUCUGAAGAAAUCUGAUUUGGAUGCCAGGAGUUUCUUGCAACUUUGCUGCCAAGACUUUUUUCCCAAGAGCUGAGGUCCCCUUCACAUGCAAACUUCACCAGGAGAUUUCCUGCAGAAACAUGCAUGCUACCCCCACUUUCUGUUCUCCAGCCCCGUGGAUGAAUUCAAGUGUCAGAUCGUGUGUUUUUGGUAAAGCCUGAUACUUCAUUUGGCACUGAGCAUUUGGAUGGGGCACAUAUGCCUCUCAAGCAGUCUGAAACUGUUGUUCCUGAGUGACCACAGGUUUUUAUUAAAUAGGAUUGUGUUUAGUUUCAGCAUAGCACAGGCUACAGUGAUUAAAAUACUUUUUUGCUGCUUGGCUACUGAUUACUGUAAGGUACUUUCGAAAAUACAAGGUUGCAUAAAACUUGUUCAGUUUGGAAUUUAUUUCUGGGCAUAAUGUGUGGCUACAUGACAAGUACCCCAUUGUAGCCACAUGAACUGCAGCCUGUGAACUGCGGACAAAGAAAGACUAGGGACUGCGUGGAUGAAAAUUCACUUCUUAACAGUUGUGGUCCCAGGUCCAGGGUUCCUUAGAGGGAUGGUUAAGCUAAGGUUUGACAUUCGUCACAGGUAUGCUUUCAGGAAGAAUUAUAGCAUCUCAUAUUUUCUUAGUCCUUCGUCUACUUCCAACAAAGUUCAUCUGCUUCACAUUUUGCUGUGUAGCCAGAGAGUGUCCCUCAGGCCCAUCUCUUCAGAGUUGCACACAGUUUGUCAUCGUCUUCAGAGAAACACAUGACCUCUGAGACAGUGAGCACUUGCAUGGGGCUAUUUUCCUCCAGGCACUCCGAGAUUGUGUCCCACAGCAGCCAUGCUCCAGAAGAACAACUAUAAUCAUUUCAGAUUAAUUAAAUGUACCCAUUGGGAAGGUCCUGAUCUCUGCAGAUGCUAUUUUGCAUCUGUGACUUACACAGUAUUACUCAUAUGAUGUGGGUAGCCAGUGCUGACUUAUAAAGUAACAGUAAUAGCAGCCAGGGACUUAAGAGGUCUUCAUAGGAUUUGUUUCCAUUAUAAUCUUCAUAACUUAUGUCUAUUUUAUAAUGAAUCAACUGGCUGGCUUUGUUUCCUAAAACCUUUCUCACAGUGUAACAGAUGGCCCUAGGCUAGCCUUGCAUUCCCUACUGUCUGGGAUCACUGACACAGACAGGGUUUUGUUUUCUCUAGAUUUAGACCUAAUGAACAAUUCAGGAAAGAAAAUCAAGCUGCAGUAAAGGUGAAGCUCAAACAAUGAAAAAACAUACAGAUCAUGGUGUUUAAAAUACCAACUGUCCUUUUUUCUAGCAGUUACAAACUUGUAACUAUGCAGAAAAUACUCUGGAGCUAGCUGGAAGCUAAGCAAAAGCUGAUGGUUGCAGUAUUUGAUUAACUGAGGUACUCAGCCCCAUGAGGUAUAUUGAUUUUCAGAUGUGCUGAUUGUAUGCUUUUUUACAGCACCAGAGACAGCUGUCUAAAUUUGUGAAAGUUUGGAUCAAAAUCUAGACUGUCCUAUGAGCAUUCAGCCACACACUUGAAACAAAAAAAAAAGCAAACGAAAUCACAGAUCCUUAACUGGUUCACUGUACAAACUUAGAUGUGGGUACAAGUUUGUUGUAAUAUACCAUUGUUCACUUGCCAUGCAGAAGAAAAGAGAUGUCUCAAUACCUGGCAUUACCAGUAUAGCUUUCCGUUGCUCUCCACAGAGCUGGUGUUGUCUUGAGAAAUCAGGAUUGCUGUACAAAAAUUAUGAAUAAAGGUGGGAGCAAUGAGGUACAGGCAAAAAUCUUGGCUUUAAAAACAAAAUUCAUGCAUUUAAGGAAAAAAUCCCUGAGGAGUUUUCUGCCCACUUGGAGCAGUUGCCUGCUGACUGUACCACAAGGAACUUGGGAGAUAACAUCAGAGUUCUUUAGGAAUCAGCCUCUUUCUUGGGCAGACAGCUCUGCAGAGAGCCCAGUCCCAGUCCCAGUCCUGCCUUGGGGCUUGCACGACACCCACAGCCACGGCAGAGGGCACAUAAAGGAGCUGAGCACAAGAGAA